CGAGUUUUCUAUAACCCCCAGUUUUUCCUCAUCUUGACUCUUUGGGCCUGAAUUAUCUCAUCCAUCUCCAGCAUGUCGUCCCACGUCCGCAACGUCACAGUCCCAUGGGUUCCACUCGCCGAAUUCGAUUGGUCCUUCGCCCGCUCCGGCCCUCUCCCCUGGAACCAAACCGUGUGGUCCAUCAUUGCCGUCUUCACCGCCCUACCAAUCUGGAUGACCUUCGAACUGACGCUCUGGAUCUUCUACAGCUUCCGGCGCUACCGGGGCCUCUACUUUUGGUCGGUCCUUGCUUGCACAUGGGGCACCACCAUCCACGCUCUCGGCUUUGUGCUUAAAAUCUGCGUACCACAGUGCAAUUGGAUUCUCGCAACAGUACUUGCCGAGAUUGGAUGGGUGGGCAUGGUGACCGGAUUUUCCGUGGUCCUGUACUCGCGGCUUGGGUUGCUUCUCGCAGGAGGCGUCCACAAAAGAACAUGGAUGAAUCUCACUCUCGCGAUGAUUGUCACGGAUGCGUUCUUGUUCCACGUCCCCACCAUCGUCUUUCAGUUCGGCGUUUCCAGUGCCCCAACGCACGACAAAUAUCUGCCGUUCAUGGCGCCCAUGGAGCGCGUACAAGUCAUGGCCUUCUCCGUCCAAGAAACUCUCAUCUCGGCGAUGUACAUUUACCAUACCCGCAAGUAUCUUCGCAACUCUUUUCAAAAGGACACCCGCAAGACCAUCGCUCUCUUGAUCUGGGUCCAAGUCAUCGUCAUCCUCUGCGACGUCCUCGUUAUAACGCUCGAUUACCUCGAGUACUUUUCGCUGAAAGCGGUGCUCCAUUCUUUCGUCUAUGCGUUCAAGUUACAGCUCGAGUUUGUCAUUCUCAAUGAUAUCAAAGCUAUGGCACAGAAAGGAAGCCUUGCAUUAAGAAGUCCGAAUUCUGGACAAGUGUGCGCUCUUGAAUCGGAUGGUGGAUCGCCCAAGUCAUCUGCAGUAUUUUCCGGGAAAAGGAAUUGGAGGUCUUUUGGCCUCAAUCUACAUUCACAGAAGGGACCUCAAGAGAUACAACUCGGUACGGGGGUUAGAUAUCAUGGCUCUAUGGGUAGCAUCACGUCUGGAGAUGGCUCUGCAGCUCACGUCAAGGCAGAUUCGCACAAGGUAGCUAACAACGGAUUCAUUACUACCCACCCGAUCACCGAAACUUAG